UAACUAGCCAGGUUAUCCUCUAAAUCUGGAAACCUUAUAAUUGACUUAUGUAUCCUCUCUUCUCCCUAGGAUGUGAUUGACGUCUUAAGAAGGAGCGAUAGUGACACCUUGAACAAGCCAAAAAUUGUUUCCAACAAAACAAAGAGUGCAUUCCGAGUUCCAGAUCUCACUGGGAUGCUGCAAAUGUUUAAAGAGCUGACAGAAGUCCAAAGCUACUGGGUGGACUUGAUGCUGAAUCCACUCAAUGCUGUUUCGAAUGUUGUCAUUUCUACAGAUCAGAGACAAGUGACAGUUGGGCAACAAUCCGUGUUUAGUGAUGUACAUCCAUGUAAUCCAUGUGAUUUUUCUGCUUUUGAUGUUGUGGGCACCCAGCACUUCUCCUCUGGGAAAUAUUACUGGGAAGUUGAUGUGUCUGGAAAGAUUGCCUGGCUCCUGGGGGUAUACAGUACACCAAGUAACCUCAACAGAAAAAAAAGCUCUGGGUUUGUUUUUAACCCAAGUGUAAAUGAUUCAAAUGCUUACUCCAGAUUCAGACCCGAAAAUGGCUACUGGGUUAUAGGCUUACAGAACAAAUCUGAGUACAGUGCCUUUGAAGACUCUCCCACCUCAGAUCCUAAGGUGCUGACCCUUUACAUGGCUGUUCCUCCCCUUCGAGUUGGGGUUUUUCUAGACUAUGAAGAAGGCGAUGUCUCGUUUUUUAAUGUCACAAACCAAGGGUCACUCAUCUACAAGUUCUCUAAAUGUCACUUUUCUCAGACUGCUUAUCCAUAUUUCAAUCCUUGGAACUGUCCAGUUCCCAUGACCCUGUGCCCACCCGGCUCCUGAGUGCUCUCCUGCCCUCACCCACUUCUGUGUAGCAACUUGUCCUGGGCUCACCUCCUGCCCCUGAGCUCACUGCUCCAUUCACACCAUCUCUUCCUUGCUGUCUCUCUUCUUCAGGACUUUUAGUCAUUUGGGGGAUUUGCACUGUUUCUGAUGUAAGUUAGAUGGGAAGCUUAUUUAGUUUUUACCAUUUUCUGUAUUCUCAGUGAGAGACAUCUAAUCCCACCUAAAGACAGAGCAGUAUUGGUGUAACAUCUCUGCCCUCUCACUUCUCCAUAUUUUUCUUUAUCACUGAUCUGAAGAGACAUGGAUCACCUGUGUCCACCAACCAUGAUCUCAGGACAACACACAGUCACCUACCCACCCCCACCAACUGAGGAGUGUCUGAGUGUGUGUCUGUGUGUUGCCCAGCAUACAGCAGGAGGCUGUUCAGAGAGCUGAGAAAAAAAUAAAAACAAAAGUAAUAUAUGUAUCCAGAAUGAAAAUUUCAUGUUCAGAAUUUCUUAGUUCAAAUCAUGUCUCUUCUCAUAAAUGGUGUGUAGCCAUCAGUAGAUUUUUGUUUCUUCUCAUAAAAUACAAAUUGUAAUUUAAGCUGCACCUUAACCCUGAAGAUUGUUGUGUAAAACUAACCUACCCUGGAUGUAAAGCUCCUAUUUAUGUUUCCAGCACAAUUACAGUAAAUAUUUGCUCUCGUGUCACUGAGAAGCAUAAGCUGAGGUGACCUGUGCAACAGGUCUGUGCCCUUCAGAGGAGCAGUAAGUGCUUCUGCUGCAGCCUCGUCUGUCAGGUUCCAGGUUCUGCUGUCAAGACCAGUCCAGUCCCAGUCUUCAGUCAGAGACCUUUUUAUACCCAGACUGGGACUGUGUUAAAGCCCUUUCUUGGAAAUGGAUCUGAAAAACGCAAAAGUAUGAGUCUCCAAGACCUGUCUAGCAGAGGAAGCCAUGUCUGAGGACAGCUGUUCUUCUGGGGGCAGCCUUUUGGUUUUCAGGACUUUUUCUUGCUGUGACACAUCUCAGUAUAGCACCCUAUAGACCAUCCCAUGCACUUUUCUCUUCCUUACUUCUAAAGUCAGUUUCAAGUUAUGUUGAGGAAUAGAUUGGCCCAGGAUAGGGAAGGGACAAACUUUUCUUAGGAAACCACACAUUAUAAAUGAGGACUGUCUACUGCACAGAACCCACAUCAACAUGUAGAGGGGUAAUUACUUAUCCCAGUGUGAUAAAAAAGAUGGUACUUGUCUGAGGAAAAUGUGUCCAUGCAAAUUUAUCCUUGCACACACAUACAUAUACAACAUAUGCAUAUAUAUAUAUAUACACACACACACAUAUAUAUACACACAGAGAUAUGUAUAUAAUUGUAUCUAUGUAUAAAUAUAUAGGGAGCACGUUAAUCUCAGUUAAUCUUUUUAAAUAUCAUAAAAUAAAUAAUUCUUUAUCAGGGAUUUAAAACAUUUACAAACUUACGAGAUAUAUUUGAAUGUUCUGUAACUAAUGAGUGGAGGAGCCAAGGUUGGAACCGGGUCUAUGUUUCUCCAGCACAGGCUUUCUGCUGUUCACUCCCCAGGAAAGAGAAGAGCCAAAUCUCCUAGGAUGUGAGGUAGAAGGGAAAUUGCAGGAGAUGCUGAUUUAUAGAAGGAGCCUGGAGAAUCAUGAGAAAGUCUUAGGGGCCAUGAGAUAUUGAUUGCUGUGUUCAAUCCAGGUAGCCAUUAAUGAAGCAGGAGCUGGUCAUGAUAAUGUUUAAAAUUACAUCAGAUAGUUAAUGACCAAGGUGCUUGUGCACAUGACACAUUGUAGAGAGUGAACACUGUACACAGUUGAGCCUUGACUUUGAAAUCUGGUAAAACUUCAUAAUCACAGUGAUAUUGCUACUCACUAGUCUAUGUUAAAUUAAAAUAAAUUAGAUUCAGUAUCUCAUCAGAAAUUUAAAAAUACUAAGAAUAACAAAUGAAGAUCAGGGGAAUUGAAAGACAGAAUGUUUGCACCAACUUCUCAUUUGCUAGCGUAUAAGCACUGGUCCAGAUUGGUGUCAAUUAUUUUGCUCUGUAAUUUGAAAUAGUGAAUGUUAAAAAUGAAUAUUAAUCUACUUCAUAUUGUAAGAACUUUGUUAUGCUUUGAAUAGAAUAACUUGAUUAAAGUACCACAUCAUUUUAAUCUUAUCUCUUUGAAUAGAAAUAUUGUUUUUAAAAAAUUUUCCAGUAUAUUUUAUCUUAUACUUUUCUUGUGUACAAUGCAUUCCAGAUUGCAUGUAAUUGCUUUUUUCAAAACGUUCUCUGUGGAUUUACUAUUUAAUAUCUGCUAUCAAUCACAUUGCCUUUUUUAUUGUGGUAAAAAAACACUUAAUGUGUGAUCUAACCACUUACAUUUUAAGUCAUUGCAGUUCACCAAGUUUAAAGUUUCAGUUAGGAAAAAUGAAUACAUUCUACAAAUCUACUAAUAAUAUUUUGCCUGUAGUUACAUUUAUUUAUUGUGCAUUUAGUGAUUAUUUUUAUUAUUA